AUGGUUCUUGGACCCUCUGGGAGUCAAGUCGUGUGUUCCAAGAAUGGAGGAGGAAGGGGAAGCAAAUUCUUCUAUCCCCGGUUGGUGCGGCAUGUGACCAGCGGUCCAGUGAUCGCGAUGCGAGUAAGCGGUGAUGUACGGAGUAUUCUGGGAAGCAGCCGUUUGUACCCGAUUCCCGAAAUCGGUGUGCGAUCGUCGUUACGUCAACGUUAUGCGCUAUCCGAUGUACGGAACGUGGCACACACGUCGGACGCUGAUGCCGCCCAACGUGAGCUGGCCAUCUUUGAGCCGUUCCUACCUCCAGAACCGCUACUGAAAGAAAUUCUGACGCCAAACAUUGGGCCAUCAUUUUUG